AUAAAAUCAAUGUAAUCGCCCAAAAAAACAGAAUAGUGCGGAAUAAAAAACAAAUCACUCCCAAUCUCGCAAACCUCAUAUACCAUACAUUUCUAUUCAGAUAAAAUCGCAUAGAAAUCUGUAAAGACGACUUAGAUCAGCAGGACCGAUCUUGUGGAAAGCUCCUCACCACGGAUUCUUCCGGUCGAUUCAUCGUUGGGGAGGACUCUGUACCCAUGCAAUUAUGGCAGCACGUCGAUCCUGAUGGUAAAUUGCACUACUCGUUGGUGCCUGUAUUGGACGACAAGAAAAUGUUAGAACUUUCGAAAGAAAUUAUCGAAGAAAAUCCCAACAUCUCCCUAACAUGCGUAAAAAUGGAGACCGAUGAAGAAGAGAAUAACGUAAAAACCUACGUCGGCAGUUUGGUGCACUUAUACAACUUUUACACGUGUGACAAGUGCAAUAUGAAGUUCCCUAUGGAAAGUAUGUUAAACAGGCACAAGAUGUCCAACAAGUUGAACUCGUGGCUUCGUAGAAAACGACUGAACUCUAGACAUCGACCGAAGGUAUCUUCGGGAAAACAGAUUAAACCGAUGCAAUCGCAGAAACCAAGGAAGAAAAGGAGAUACGGUUGCACGUCCUGUGAGUUUAUCUGUAGCGAGAGGUCCAUGUUAAACGUUCAUAUUAGAAAAAAACACAAGUCUGUAGUCAAAAAAGAUUUAAAAAUCUUGUGCAUCAUUUGUAACAGAAAAUGUGGUACUCGGUCUAAUUUGAAAAAACACAUGGAGGAACACAGAGACCGGAAGACGACUUACUUCACGUGCAAUAGUUGCAACUUCUUGUGUAAAAGAAGCAGCACUCUGAUUUCUCAUAUAACGCUGAAUCAUCAGACGCUCAAUAGCGAGGAAAUCUCAAAGAGAUGCAACGAUAAACCUUCAGAGAAGGAAGAAUCUAGAAGAACCUGUUUAAAGGAGCAAGAUAAGGACAGUUCGACUGUCUCAAGCACGCCGUUCGAGUUCGAAUGCAAGAAUGAACCUUCAGUGGCCACUCGCGCAAGCAAGAAACAAAGUAAAAAGUCUGUCGAGGAACAAUGCAAUAUGUGUGACUUUAAAUGUGCAAAGAAAAGUACGCUAUACUCGCAUAAGCGACAGCAUAAGAUGGACAUCGGCGAAGAAUACUCGUGUAACGAAUGUUCAUUUAAGACUUAUAAAAAAUCGUCUUUAUACUCGCAUAUAAAAAGGAAGCAUAAGGUACCAAAAUCUUGCACGUCCGAUGGUCAACCGCAAUUAUUUUAUUGCACUCAAUGUGACUAUAAGAAUAAGAAUAAAUACGAACUAAAAGUACACGUGGCCAGGAAGCAUACGGAUGAUUUUAAAUUUUCUUGCGAGACUUGUGGAAAGAAAUUCAAAGUAAAAGGCGAUUUAACGAAUCACAUACGUUUCAGUCAUAAAGAACAACCGGUUAUCUGUGAUGUUUGCGGAAAAACGUGCCUGAACAGCAACUCGUUGUACGUACACCAGAAAUUUGCGCAUUAUAAAGCAAAAUACGAGUGUCAAGUAUGUAAAAGGAGAAUGGUCACUCAAGAAAAUUUGAACGAGCAUAUGAUCCGACAGCACGAGAAGAGGGAGAACGUGGUUUGCGAAGAAUGUGGCAAGACGUUCUCCAGAAACAGUAGAUUAAAGGUACACAUGAGGAUCCACACUGGUGACAAACCGUACACUUGUACCAUAUGCAACAAAUCGUUUGCACGCAGAACAGCGUUGAAGCAACAUUUGUUAAUUCAUACUGGCAUCAGGCCAUACGUUUGCGAUAUUUGCGGCAAAGCAUUCACGCAGAAGCCUGGAUUGAUCAGUCAUAGAAAAUCUCAUCCUGGAUCGCAUCCUCCGCUUCCAAGAGUGUUGAUCGACCAUAUAUUAAACGAUGUGAUGAAUAAUUGAGACUGUUAAUUGUAUAAACAAUUGAAGUGGAUCGUUUAAGGGCGAAGCCUGGAUUGAGAACUGAUUUACAGCGAACAGUCUCGUGCAAUUAACGCUUUAUGAUUUAUGUUAUUAUUAGAGAUUAUACCUUUGCGAUCUUUCACGUUGAA